CGCUCCCUGCAGCUUCACACAGGACGCUGGGGUCGCCAGGAGCCUCCCUGAGAGUUCGGCCCACGAUUUCCUGGAGCGGCGCUAGAGUCUUCCUCAGCACCCUCCGGAGGGUCCUGCUGCUGCUGCUGCUGCUGCUGAUUUAUUUAUUGUCCUUGUUUGAACUGAGCCUCGCCCGGCUGCCCCACGGACACAAUGGCACAGUCCAAGGCCAACGGCUCCCACUACGCACUGACCGCCAUCGGCCUGGGGAUGCUGGUCCUCGGGGUCAUCAUGGCCAUGUGGAACCUGGUGCCCGGGUUCAGCGCUGCUGAGAAGCCGGCGGCUCAGGGGAACAAGACGGAGGGGGGCGGCGGCAUCCUCAAGAGCAAGACCUUCUCCGUGGCCUACGUGCUGGUCGGGGCUGGGGUGCUGCUGCUGCUGCUGUCCAUCUGCCUGAGCAUCCGGGACAAGAGGCGGCAGCGGCAGAACGAGGAGCUGGCCCGCAUCCAGCAGCCCACGGGGGCCGUGCCUCACGCCCAGGAGGAGGAGAGCCAGGAGGAGGAGGACGAGGAGGAGGUGGCCUCCUCCAGGUACUACGUCCCCAGCUACGAGGAAGUGAUGCGGGCACACUACGCGGAAGGGCAGGACCUGGAUCGGGGCCCCAGGAUGAGCGUCUCUCUCCCCUCCUACGAGUCCCUGACGGGGCUGGACGAGGCGGCCCCCGCCAGCACCAGGGCGGACGCGGAGGCCGGCGCCGGGCACCCCCCGGACAGACAGAACUCCAGGCUGGCCAAGCGCCUCAAGCCGCUGAAGGUUCGAAGGAUUAAGUCUGAAAAGCUUCACCUCAAGGACUUUAGGAUCAACCUCCCCGACAAAAAUGUCCCUCCUCCCUCCAUCGAGCCUUUGACUCCCCCGCCACAGUACGAUGAGGUCCAGGAGAAGGCCCCCGACGCCCGGCCCCCCGACUGAACGGUCCCCCGGGUGCGUCCCUGCUGCCCCCCCUCUGCGCCAGCGGAGUCACUUCACCAGGCUGAGAAGCAGAGGGGCUGUCGGUGCACUUGGUCAUUUGGAUGGGGAUCCCCUAUUCCGGGAGUGGUGACCGAUGCUCCUCAGAGUCCCGCGUGGCAGGUGCAUCUGGAAGAGAUGCCGCCCCGUCCUGGUGGCCCUCUGGACCACACCACGAGCCUCGGCUCAGGCACCUUCCCCAACUCUGGGUUGUGGGCGACACACGCCUCUUUUGAGUCAGAAAGGGAUGCCUAGCGAUGGGUUCUGACUGAUCGCUUUGCUUCCGCUAGGACUGUUUUGUUUCAAAAGGAAGACAAGUUUUCCAUCUGCUUUCUUCGCUGGAGUCCUGAACUGGGGGUACAACAUCUGGCCCCGCUUCACCAGAAGGACCCGGGGCUGCUUUGUGACAGGGGCGACCCAGGCGGUGGCUCUCUCAGGGUCCCCGAUGCUGUUGGUUUUUUGAUGGCCGCAGGCCUGAGGAACUUCAGCACAUGCUGCGUAAGAUCCUAGCCUUGACUGGCACAGUUAGCUAGUCUCCUCUGUGUGGUGGCCAGAGGAGCCCGGUCGAGUUCCAUGCCUUCUGAAUCGCGGCACGCUGAGCUUUUUAUAAUAAAAUAUUUUAUAUGUAGUA